AGAUACAGAGGAAGAGAGAGAUCUUAGAAGGAGCAACAAUGGCAAAGUACGGUGGAGGAGGAAGCUCGCUCUCACAAACUCGAGACUACCACAGCCAUACCUCCGACGAAGACGACGAUCAUAGCCCCUCCAGAACCGGAGCUCUCUUCAUGAUUCAUUCUGGAACCCGCAGCGAUGUUACACCACAAACGAAGCCCAACAGUUCCAACAAUAAAUCUGUCGCUGGUUCCGGCUCUGCCUCCGGCACAGAUGUUGGGUCAUCCGGUGAGAUCAAUCGGAAGCCCCGAGGCCGACCACCGGGUUCGAAAAAGAAACGAAAACCACCAAUAGUGAUUACCAGAGACAGUGACACUGCAAUGAGACCUGUUAUUCUCGAACUCUCCGCCGGCACCGACAUUGUAGAGAUGGUUUCUCAGUACGCGCGCCGCCGCCACGUGGGGCUCUGUGUUUUAAGCGGUUCCGGCACUGUCGCGAAGGUUACCCUUCGGUUACAUGUCCCUCACGCGUCUACUCUUAUGCUCCAUGGACCAUACCAUAUUCUCUCUCUCUCCGCCACAUUUCUGUGUUCCUCUGUUUCUUCUUCGAAAUCGUCUUCUUCGACUUCGAUUACUUCGCCGUCCAUUACGAUCUCUCUUGCAGGAGCUCAAGGUCAGGUCUUUGGAGGAACGGUUGCAGGAUCGCUUACUGCUGCUAGUAAUGUUGUUUUGGUUGCGGCUUCGUUUGUUAAUCCUUCGUUUCAGAAGCUUCCUAUUUGUGAAGAGGAAGAAACAGAGGAUGUGAAACCUAAUGUUGGUGGUUGCUCUGCUUCUGGGACUGAUGCUUGCACAGAGACUAAUACAAGCAUGCCCAUGAAUGUUUACAGUGUUCAAAGCCCAACCCCUUUGAGUUGCCAAAUUUCUCCUGAUGUUUUGUCUUGGCCCUCCACCACUCGUUCUUCACAUUACUAAAACCAGAGAGAACACAAAAAAAUUCGAUCUUUCUUCUGUUUCUUGCUGUGUUUUGAUUUUGGGUUAUUGCUGGGCCUUUCUUUUUCUGGUCUUCUGAUUAGUUUACAAGCCUU